GAUACUGUUGAAAGAAGAGAUGCAACAAUAAUGCUUGAUCCCUUUUGCACCUCAGCUGGUGUCAAGUUUUCCUUCUUUCUUUUUCUUGCAAGCAGGUGAUAGAUGGGAGAUGGAGGAUUCCGGCCAAGAGGCGGCAGCACCUUUGCCAACAGCCGGAAAGGAGGUUGCGGAAAGGAUGUUUGGAAAGCAAAGUCCUGAGGAAAACCAGUUAAAGGAGGAACUGGGGAAAUGCUGUACUUUACCGUGUGCAGAUAUCAAUGUCUUCUUGGCCAGAGAGGAUCACCAAGAAAAAGGAGCGUGUCCAGGGUGCGGAAAAAUACUCAGAGAGGAAUCGGGAUUAUGCGACUGUUGCAGAAGCCACUCUGCAGAGAAACAAACUGAAAGCGGGAAAUGCUCCAGAAGGACCUUUCCUCUUACUUUACGUCAGGGGCUACAAGAAGGAGGGAAACCGUAUAAAUGCACAGAGUGUGCAGAAGGCUUCAGUACAAGUGGUUCCCUUACAUCGCAUAAAAAGAUUCACAAAGCAGGGGAGCCAUACAAAUGCCUGGAAUGUGGGAAGAACUUCAGUCAGAUAAGUCACUUUAACUCACAUAGGAGGGUCCACAAAGGGAAGGAGCAAUAUCAGUGCAUCAAGUGUGGAAAGAGCUUCAGAAGCAGUGGCUCCCUUAUUUCCCAUCAAAGCAUCCACAGCGAGGCGAAGUUAUCUCCAUGCAGGGAGGGUAGAAAGAGGCUUACUCAGAGCAAUGGACUGAAUUCCCAGAAAAAAAGCCACACUGGGAAUAAAUCAUGUAAGUGCCUGGAGUGUGGAAAGAGCUUCAAACAUGCAAGUGACCUAACUUACCAUAAUAGGAUCCAUACUGGGGAAAAGCCAUAUCAAUGUACGGUAUGUGGAAAGAGCUUCAGUCAAAAACGUGAUUUCAAUUUGCAUAAGAGGAUCCACACAGGAGAGAAGCCAUAUAAAUGCACAGAGUGUGGAAAGUGCUUCAGGACGCCUGGUUCCCUUACUUGCCAUAAGAGGAUUCACACGGGGGAGAAACCAUAUGAAUGCCUGGAGUGUGGAAAGAGCUUUAGUAGAAGCAGUACCCUAACUUUCCAUACCAGGAUCCAUAAAGGGGAGAAACCAUAUGAAUGCCUGCAGUGUGGAAAAUGCUUCAGUCAAAAAGUUCAUCUUAAUUCACAUGAGAGGACCCACACAGCAGAAAAACCCUAUAAAUGCCCAGAGUGUGAGAAAUGCUUCAGUAAUGCACGUUACCUUAUUUCUCAUAACAGAAUUCACACGGGGGAGAAACCAUAUGAAUGCCUGGAGUGUGGAAAGAGCUUUAGUAGAAGCAGUACCCUAACUUUCCAUACCAGGAUGCACAAAGGGGAGAAACCAUAUAAAUGCCUGCAGUGUGGAAAAUGCUUCAGUCAAAAAGUUCAUCUUAAUUCACAUGAGAGGACCCACACAGGAGAAAAACCCUAUAAAUGCCCAGAGUGUGGGAAAUGCUUCAGUAAUGCACGUAACCUUAUUUUUCAUAACAGAAUUCACACAGGGGAGAAACCAUAUGAAUGCCUGGAAUGUGGAAAGAGCUUCAGGCACUCCAGUUCCUUUUUUUCCCAUAACAGAAUCCACACUGGGGAGAAACCAUAUAAAUGCAUGGAGUGUGGAAAGAACUUCCAUAAGAACAGUCACCUUACUUCCCAUCAAAGGAUUCACACUGGUGAGAAGCCAUAUCAAUGCAUGGAGUGUGGAAAGAGCUUCAGUCAAACAAGUCACCUUAAUAUCCAUAAAAGGAUCCACACGGGGGAAAAGCCCUAUAAAUGCACUGAGUGUGGAAAACACUUCACUGAAUCAGGUGCCCUCACUAAGCAUAAAAGGAUCCACACUGGGGAGAAACCAUAUGAAUGCACAGAAUGUGGAAAGUGCUUCAGUCAAAAAAAUCAUUAUACUGUACAUUACAGAAUCCACACUGGGGAGAAACCGUAUCAAUGCAUGGAGUGUGGAAAGAGCUUCAGUGACUCUCGUGAGCUUAUUUCCCAUAAAAGGAUCCACACCGGGGAGAAACCAUAUAAAUGUGCGGCGUGUGGAAAGAACUUUAGGAGAUGCAGUGACCUUACUUGCCACAAGCGGACCCACACGGGGGAGAAGCCGUAUCAGUGCGGUGAGUGUGGAAAGUGCUUUGGUCAUAAUAGUGCACUUUCUUCCCACAGAAGGAUCCACUCAGGAGAGAAACCUUUUAAGUGCAUGGAGUGUGGAAAGAGUUUUACUUCCAGUAGUCACCUCACUUACCAUAAUGGAAUCCACACGGGGGAAAAACCAUAUAAAUGCCCGGAGUGUCGAAAUGCAUUUAGUCACAAUCAGUCACACAGUAUCCGUAGGAGGAUUCACUCAGAGAUGAAACCAAGAAAUGCAUCAGGUGUGGAAAGAGAUUUAUUCAAAAUAUUUCCCUUAUUUUUCCUGUAAAAGGAUUUGCUCACUGGAGAAACCCCAUAAAUGUUUCAAGGUUGUGAAGUACUUUGGCGACUCUUGUUGGCUUAUUCCCAUAAAAUGAUUUAUAUGGUUUCUUCCAAGUAAAUAUGCUGAGUGUGGAAAGUGUUUCUGAAGCAGAGGGAACCUUACUGUCAGCACCUGAUCAUUCGAGCAUUCACACAU